CUUCCUCCGCUGAGCUGCAAAUUUAUUAGGCUGCCAGCAACACUCAAACGGCUAAUUGUACUUUUCGUCGGUAUUUAAUAGACUUUUCGCCAUUUUCCACCUUUCCUCUCCUUCAUGGAAACCGAGCAAAAGGGAUUUGUUUACUAAUAAAACACCUAUAAUAGGUCCCACUGCCUCUCUCUCUCUCUCUCUCUCUCUAUCUCUCUCUCUCUCUCUGUGUGCUCUAAAUCCUUGAUCUUUGAUCUUUUCUUGCCCGGUAUGUAACUUCAGCAAUCGGAUCUGAUUCUCUCUUAGCAGUUAGCAUCACUCUGUCUCUCAACCCUUUCCUUCUUUUCUUUAUCUUUUCAAAAAAGUUAUAUUCCCAAUCCUCUCUCAGUCCUUAAAACACCUCAACUCCAACGUAUCACCUAAACCCACCUCCUUCCAAAGAUCCAAUCUUUGAGCUCCAUAUCAUCUGUUUCUGCUUCGAACUUAUACAUUUGAUUAAAAAGAUCAUCUUUUUAUUCUGGCAGGCUUGAAAUUUACACUGAGCUCAAGCAGAAUAAAAAUGGAGCUGGGUUUUGUUCCCCUGCUCAUCCUCUGCUUCUUAGUCUCCAUUUCCAGUGCAGAGCUCGCAGCCAAGGUGGGCGUGAACUUUGGCCAGCUAGGCAACAACCUACCAUCUCCAUCAGAGUCGGUGAAGCUCAUCCAAUCCCUCAAAGCCAAGCGAGUCAAAAUCUAUGAUGCCAACCCUAAAAUCCUCGAAGCUCUCAGAAACACAGACCUCCAAGUCUCAAUGAUGGUGCCCAACGAGCUCAUCAACAACAUCUCCUCAAAUCAAACACUCGCAGACCAAUGGGUACAUGCCAAUGUGGUGCCCUUUUACCCCGAGACUCUGAUCCGGUACCUCCUCGUCGGGAACGAAAUUCUCAGCCAACCCGAUAAAACAAUCUGGUUCAAUCUCGUCCCGGCAAUGCGCAAAAUCAAAGCUGCCCUCAAAACCCAUGGCAUCACAAAGGUCAAAGUCGGGACCCCAUUGGCCAUGGACGUCCUCGAAUCGUCGUUCCCACCAUCAAACGGUACGUUUCGGUCCGAUAUUUCGACAUCCGUCAUCAAACCCCUGUUGCAGUUCGUGAACAAGACCAAGUCUUUCUUCUUCGUCGAUGUCUACACGUACUUCCCUUGGUCUUCCGAUCCCACCAACAUCAAUUUAGACUACGCUCUGUUCGAAUCCAAGAACAUUACAGUCAAAGACCCGGUUUCGGGCCUAACCUACCACAACCUAUUCGACCAAAUGGUGGACGCUUUGAUUUUCGCGAUGAAGCGACUCGGCUUCCCGGAUAUCCGGAUUUGGAUCGCCGAAACGGGUUGGCCCAGCGGCGGCGACUACGACCAGAUUGGCGCUAACAUCCGCAACGCUGCCACUUAUAACCGAAAUGUCGUCAAAAAGUUCAACGCCAAACCGCCGGUCGGGACGCCGGCCCGACCCGGUUCAGUGCUGCCGAGUUUCCUUUUCGCUCUCUACAACGAGAACAAGAAACCGGGUCCAAGCACGGAGCGGAAUUUCGGGUUAUUGUACCCGAACGGGUCGAAUGUGUACCCCAUUGACUUGAGCGGGAAGACGCCCGAGUCAGAGUACGGGCCGUUGCCGGUGGCGACGAACAAUGUGCCGUACAAAGGGCCGAUAUGGUGCUUGGUGGCCAAGGGAGCCAACAGGAGCGCGGUUGCGUCGGCGUUAUCGUACGCCUGCUCGCAGGGGAAUAAAACUUGCGACCCGAUUCAACCCGGAGGGAAGUGUUUUAAACCCGACUCGUUGGUUUGGCACGCUAGCUAUGCGUUUAGCGCGUACUGGGCUCAGUUUAGGAAGGUCGGUGGCAGCUGUUACUUUGGAGGGCUUGCUACUCAAACCAUCAAGGAUCCAAGUUAUGGAUCCUGCAAGUUCCCUGGUGCAAAACUAUGAGCGCAUGUUAGAGAGGGUGAAAUAAGCUGCUAUUUUCUUCUUGGAAAAUUUAUUCAUGAUAUUUAAUCUAUUUAAGAUUUAGGGAUGAUUUAUAGAGGGUGGUAGCUUUUAGGCUUCAGCUAGUCAAGGUUUUUUGGUUGUUUUUGUCACAACUGCUUGUAGUUUCUGCAUUCUUCCAACGGCUAUUUUCUUGCUUUCUUCAUACCCUGCUCGUUGUACCUCUUUUUCCUUGUUCCUAAUAUAUUGCAAUUUUUUAUGGCAAUGCCAAGUGCCAACGGC